CUACGACUGCAAACAUCCCCUCCAAAAAAAACCAUUUAAAAUGUUCAAAUUUGUCAUUGUCUUUGCUGCUUGCUUGGCUUACGCCAGCGCCGGUGUCUUGGCCCCAACUGCCUUGGCUACUGCUCCCGCUGUAGCUUAUGCCAAUGCUCCUUUGUAUGCUGCCGGUGGUAGCAGCCAGAUCGAUGUUCGUCACAACUACGACGGUACCUUGUCCUCAUACACCACCACUCCCUUCGGUUAUGCUGGUCCCUACUCCAGCCGUUAUGUAGCUGGUCCAGUUGCUGCUCCCGCUGCCUUUGCUGCCCCUGCCAAGGUUGUUGCCGCCCCAGCCGCCUUUGCUGCUCCAGCUAAAUUUGUUGGCGCCGCCGGUGUUGUAGCUCCCUAUGCUACCCCCUAUGCCACCCCCUAUGCUGCUCCAUUCGCUGCUCCUUAUGCCGCCUAUCCCGCCGGUGUUGCUGCCGCUUAUGCUGCCCCAGCUGUUGCCGCCCCCGCCCAUGUUGUAGCUUAAGUGUUUGCAAGGAGAAUUGUUUUGUAAAUAGUCGAUUGUUAAUUAUUUAAAUGAUGUUAUAUUGUUGAAUAAAUUUGUUAA